CUUUAUAUCAUGGGCUGAUAAAAAUGGUGUUCCGAGAUCAAAUAUUGCAAAUGAUAAAAGUACUUGCAACGAAAAUCGCUUAGGUGCUGUAGCUGAUCUAUUAUUUGGAUUGAAUUAUUUCAAAUUAUUUAAUAAUGAUUUACUUAUAGUUGGAGGUGACACUCUAUUUCUUAAAGAUUUUAACUUUAACAAAUUAUUAUCCCAAUUUUCAUCGUUUAAUGAUGGUUGUUUAGUGACUACUUAUACCAUUCCUAAGAAUGAAAUUAGUAAAUAUGGUAUCUUAACAAUUAAUAAUUUAAAUGAUAACGGUCUAUUCGAAAUAACGGAUUUUUCGGAGAAACCGAAUCCAGAGUCUACAAAUUCCCGUAAUGCUUGUCCAUGUUUUUAUUUUCUAAAGCGUGAAGCUUUGCCUUUAAUAGAAGAAUUUCUUAAAGAUAUUGAAUUAAAAGGUGCUAAACUUGAAGAUAAAGACGCUAUAGGAAAAUUUUUGGCUUGGGUUAUAAAAGGAAAUCAUUUUAAAUUUUAUGCUGUACAAGUUAAUGGAAGGAUUGACGUGGGCGACUUGAAAAGUUAUGUGGAAGCAAAAGAAUAUUUCGAGAAUCUAAAUUAA